CCUCCGCGCGCCCGCCCGCCCGCCCGCGCCCCGGUUCCCACGUCCCCCGCCGUCAGCCCCGAGACCACGCGCGCACGGACGGGGGGUCGCGCCGGCGGGGCCCGGCCGCGCACCUGGAAAGUUCCCCGUCGCCUGACCCUCACCCAAAAUGGGAAAUGGUUCGGUGAAACCCAAACAUUCCAAGCAUCCAGAUGGCCACAGGAACCUCAGCAACGAUGCUCUGCGGAGCAAGGUGCUAGAGCUGGAGAGAGAGCUGCAGAGGAAGGAGGCCGAGAUCCAGGAGCGGGAGUACCAUCUGAAGGAGCUGCGGGAGCAGCUGUCUAAGCAGACCGUGGCCAUUGCUGAGCUCACGGAGGAGCUCCAGAGCAAAUGCAUCCAGCUAAACAAGCUUCAGGAUGUGGUCCACCUGCAGGGAGGAAGCCCGCUGCAGGCAUCUCCAGAGAAAGUAUCUUUGGAGGUCCACCGGAAGUCCUCAGGAUUAGUCUCUCUGCAGAGCAGAAGGGGGGCGAAGGCUGGGGUGUCUGCCGAGCCAACGACCCGUACUUAUGACCUCAACAAACCCCCCGAAUUUUCCUUUGAGAAAGCAAGAGUCAGAAAGGACUCCAGUGAGAAGAAGCUCAUUACCGAUGCCCUUAAUAAAAAUCAGUUUCUGAAGAGACUAGACCCUCAGCAGAUCAAAGACAUGGUGGAAUGCAUGUAUGGAAGAAAUUACCAGCAAGGGAGUUACAUUAUUAAGCAAGGAGAACCAGGAAACCAUAUUUUUGUACUGGCAGAGGGCCGACUCGAGGUGUUCCAAGGGGAGAAAUUCCUCUCAGCCAUCCCGCUCUGGACCACGUUUGGGGAACUGGCCAUUUUAUACAACUGCACAAGGACCGCCUCUGUGAAAGCUGUUACCAAUGUUAAAACUUGGGCACUGGAUCGAGAGGUAUUCCAGAACAUCAUGAGAAGAACAGCACAAGCUAGAGAUGAACAGUACAGAAGCUUCCUCAGAAGUGUUUCCUUGCUGAAGAAUUUACCUGAAGAUAAGCUAGCCAAGAUCAUUGACUGCUUGGAAGUGGAGUACUAUGACAAAGGAGAUUACAUUAUUAGAGAGGGUGAAGAAGGAAGUACAUUUUUCAUUUUGGCAAAAGGAAAGGUAAAAGUCACCCAAAGUACAGAAGGCCAUGAGCAACCACAACUAAUAAAAACAUUGCAGAAGGGGGAGUACUUUGGAGAAAAAGCUCUUAUCAGUGAAGAUGUUCGAUCAGCUAACAUCAUUGCUGAAGAAAAUGAUGUUGCCUGCCUGGUGAUAGAUCGAGAAACAUUCAACCAAACGGUUGGGACUUUUGAAGAACUACAGAAAUAUCUGGAAGGGUAUGUGGCAAACCUAAACCGAGAUGAUGAAAAAAGACAUGCAAAGAGAUCCAUGUCUAACUGGAAGUUGUCCAAAGCACUCUCUCUGGAAAUGAUUCAGCUGAAGGAGAAAGUGGCCAGAUUUUCCUCAUCAUCCCCCUUCCAGAACCUUGAGAUUAUCGCAACACUGGGCGUUGGUGGGUUCGGAAGAGUUGAGCUUGUCAAAGUGAAAAAUGAGAAUGUUGCUUUCGCUAUGAAAUGCAUAAGGAAGAAGCACAUUGUUGACACUAAACAGCAGGAGCACGUCUACUCGGAAAAGAGGAUCCUGGAAGAGCUGUGUUCUCCCUUUAUCGUGAAACUAUAUCGUACUUUCAAGGACAAUAAGUAUGUGUACAUGCUUCUGGAGGCCUGUUUAGGUGGAGAGCUAUGGAGUAUACUAAGGGACAGGGGCAGCUUUGAUGAAUCUACCUCGAAGUUCUGUGUGGCUUGUGUGACUGAGGCAUUUGAUUACCUGCACCGACUCGGUAUUAUCUACAGAGACCUGAAACCAGAAAACUUAAUUCUCGAUUCUGAUGGUUACCUAAAAUUGGUUGACUUUGGAUUUGCUAAGAAAAUAGGAUCUGGACAAAAAACAUGGACAUUCUGUGGAACUCCAGAAUAUGUUGCCCCAGAAGUUAUUCUCAACAAAGGACAUGAUUUCAGUGUAGAUUUUUGGUCACUGGGAAUUCUAGUGUAUGAGCUCUUAACGGGCAAUCCACCCUUUUCUGGUGUUGACCAAAUGAUGACCUACAAUUUGAUUCUCAAAGGAAUUGAAAAAAUGGAUUUUCCCAGAAAGAUUACAAGAAGACCUGAGGAUUUGAUUCGGAGACUUUGCAGGCAAAAUCCAACAGAAAGGCUGGGAAAUCUGAAGAAUGGCAUCAAUGACAUUAAGAAACACAGGUGGUUAAAUGGUUUUAACUGGGAGGGAUUGAAAGCUCGGAGUCUCCCAUCACCUUUACAAAGAGAGCUCAGUGGACCCACAGACCACAGCUACUUUGACAAGUAUCCCCCUGAGAAGGGUGUGCCUCCAGAUGAGCUGUCAGGCUGGGAUAAAGACUUCUGAUUGAAAAAACACAGGAAGAAGAUCAUUGUGUAGCCUGCACGGAAGAGGAUAUGAGGAAAAGUAAUCCAACACUGAUUUUCUUUCACUUUGGAGUAUUAUGAUACCUUUCAGAAUACCGUCAGAGAAAAGAAAGCCCUGCCAGGAUAUGAGGGUGAACAAUUAAUGGGUCUGGAGGUGGAUCUGAAUUAUAGUGUCUUAUCGAGAAGCUGUGAAUUACUCAUCUAUUCCAGUCUUUGUUUUUAUCAACUGUUAAAAGCUGUCAAGUUUUCUCCAUCGUCAGCCCAUUAUUUUGUUGAAGAGACAUAUUUUUUUUCUGCCAUCUAUGUGUCUAUCCCCAUCAUACUCAUCUCCUUAAAAGGGUCUUGCUAAAUUGAGUUAUCCAAAUAGAUGGGAGGUUGAGGGUGAUUUUUGAAAGAUUUUCUCUGCUCAUGCCAACUCCAACUCAGCAUGAGGGCAUCUUAAAAUGGUGGUUUGCAGAAAUCUUGGUAGCCCAUAGAAGCUCCUAACUUUUAUCUGUAUUCAACUUAGAAAUAUGUUAUUAUGCUUUUGAUAAUAGUUUAGGGAAAAGCAGGUUUGAGUAUUAGUCAUUGGUAACACUUCCUAAAAUUAAUCCAGAUAGGUGAUUAUAAUUGUUCUUUGGGGGGGUAUUAAGAAAAAUAAACACAAAAUACAUUUCAUUCUCCUGCGACCAGUUGUGAAACCUCAGAAUCUUUUCAACAAGGUUGAAAAGAUGGUUGUCAUAUUUGGUCUAGUGAUGGGCUUAUGGAAAUGUUUUAUUUUAUAUAUUUUUAUCUUAUAUAUUAUCUAUAUAUUUUCUCACUGAAAAUGGAAAACAUGUAGAAACAAAAAUUUGAAGGCCUUUCCCUCCCAUUAAAUAUGGAGGAGAAUAGAUUCUCAUAGAUAAGGUUGCUGACUCUAAAACUCUGAGAUAUUUUGGUUAACUGUAUGAUUGUUGCUGUUAAUACACCCAGAGUACAGAAUAAGCACAAUUAAUUUUUAAUGAAAUUCCCACUGGCAAAUGUUGAUGCACUGUAAUCAUUGCUGCAUUAGCAACUCUUUUUAAAGGCAUUUUUUUGACUCAUGGAUGUGUUUAUAAUUUUAGAUUGUUUAAGUUAGGCAAGCUGCUGGUGAAGUGAUGGAACGUUAAAAGUAAUGGAGACAGCCAGCAUCUGUCCCCUCUUGUGACUCUCUUGAAGUCUUCUGAGUCAUUAAGAGGUUAGUUUUAAUAGCACUGGAUGCCAGAACCUGAAAAUUUUACUGGAAAAUGUUUUUAUGUAUCACUCUCGUGUUCUACCAUGAUUAUUUCCUACUCUCUAUCCCAAAUAGAAACAGAUUUUGUGUAUCUUUUCUGGAUCAAGAAAAGUAAAAAUAACAUCUAAGUUCCCUGCAUUAUUCAAGCUUCUGAGUUAUUUUUAUUUGCUAAUGUUCUAUGGGAAAAGCAACCUCUACCCACACUCCACCCAUAUUUUCUGCACUUAAAGAAAGUCAGCUGUAUGCUUCCUGAAGAGUUAAGCCAGAUAAGUGAGACCUGCGUCAAGAAGGUUCACCAUUAGCACAUUGAAUCCCCCCAUUUAGAACCCCUUUGCUGAACCAAAGAAUUUUGUUUCCUGAAGUUGUAUUUUUAAAGAUUAUGUAUUGUACAUAGAACCAUUUUUAAUAGAAAUAUAAUCUGCUUAAUAAACUUCUCUAAGAUUUUUUAAAGACUUUUAUUUCCAUUUAGUUUGUAUGCACUAUAUGUUUUCCCAUGUAUAUAUUUUUAAGUUUACCACCUAUAAAUUUGGGAAAUUUAUGUGUUGGGUGGACAUUUGAACUGUACAGUUAUAAUAGCAAUGAUAUCACAAUGGAUGUAAUUCAAAAAAUAUCUACAAAUAGACAAAUAAAAAUGAACUU